AUGUACAUACUUUCAUCCAAUCUUGAAUUCAAAAGAGCUGUUUCAACUGCCAUUGUUUCCGAUCCGAGAAAACUUGUUCCAACUCUGGAUUCUUAUCGAUUUAAUCCAUCCACAAAACGAUCGAGAGCUCCUACUACUGAUUUAUCUUCAGCAUUAAUUCAUCAUCCUUCUCAUUCAUUUAUCCAUUAUGAUGAAGAUAUUGAACUUAAUGAUUCAAAAAUUGCACCACCAACAAAACGUAUAAGUUCAAAUAUAAAUGAUCUUGUUACCAAACCAGUUGCUUCUUUACAUGCUGAUGUUAUUGGUUCUGUUAUUCGUCUGAAUUCUGUUGAAACCAGGUCUUCUGCUACUACUUCACUUGCUGAUGGGUACUACUCGUAA